AUGAAAUUGUCUUUUUAUAUAUAUCUAUUUGUAUUUUUUCUUAUUAUUGUGAAUGGUAGUUAUGGUUUGACUUUGUUAAAAAACUCUGUUGUUACCGACACCCAAUUCGUUUUGAACGGAUACAAUAACGCAGAGGGUUGUUACAUCACCUAUUCGUUUGCUCUCAGUACAAAUGAUGCUAAAAAAAAUAUAACGUUUAAGUGGGAUCAAAAUGGUUGCUUAGACGGAACACAACAAUUAUUACUAUCUGUAUCACAAUCACAAGUCAUAGCUUCGGGAGCUUGCUUUUUCCCAGUGGGUACCAAGGUUUACACACUUUCAGUUUAUGACACUGCAGGUUUAUCAUAUGAUUAUAAAUGGCGUUCAUUUUGUAACAAACCUCAAUUUAGUCCAGAAUUAAAGUCAACAAUGAUGAAUGCCUACGGAGAUAUGUUGGUAACUUUGAAGGUUGAGCCUGGAGUAAAGUAUAAUGUCGGAUAUAUUUUUGGGGGUUCUGGCUUCAAUCCAAAUUGUUAUAGGUUCAGCGAUAUCGAUGGAUAUGGAAGUUCCAUGGCUACAUUGACUAUAUCGUUGAAUACCUAUUUCUCCUGUCCUUUCACCGUUCCUUUCACAGCCACUCUAUUUGUAAACGAUUAUGCUAUUACCAACAUUUCAAUUCCAGCACCUUUUAGUUUUCCAUACACUACCAAUUCUAUUAAAUACUAUGGAAAUGAAUUGAAUUUCACCAUGAAGACACCUACCUACGAUCUUAUGAGAACACGUAUUCAAGCUAAGAAUGUGGAUUGUUUUUUCAAGAAUUUUGUAAGUCUUCCAAAUGAUGAUUAUGUUGCUGCCACCCGAGUUGGAAAUGAUGAAUAUUACCUUAUCAACUAUCUAAAUUACACCUCUAUUUUUGGCUAUAGAGUCGUCACUAUUGGUACCAAUAGAACACAGAGUCCUGAAAUAGUAUAUAAUGCAAAGAGUUUUUACAACAAUGCUGCACUUUCCAUCACAAACAAUUUCAACGGACAAUCAAAUACCUAUUCAUGGUUUCUUAUAGCAGCGUCUAUUUCACAAAUGUCAAAGUAUUCAGUGGUAAUGAAAUAUAAUUCAAGUGUUUUACCAGAUCAAAACCUUCCAUACCCAAUUGGAUUUGGUUCUGGAUUCCCUACAGAAUGGAAAGUUACUUACGUCAAUAUCUCUGAUAGUGAAUCUGGAUUUUUAUCGAUGACCCAAACCUACCCUUUUGGAAUUACAAUUACCCAUAGAGACUUGAUGGAUGGAUCUAUAUAUUCUGGUCUUUAUGAAAAGCAGGUUUUUGUUCCCAACAAUAAUAAAGUUAACGUUUUCGGUUUUACAGUGAAAGAUCUAGCUGGCAAUAGUAGAGCAUAUGGAACCAAUAGUUUUUUGACCAACUACAAUAUACUCCCACAGAUUCCUUACAACGUCAAUUUCACAAUUGACAAUAUCAUAUCAUUUAUGUUCCUCGACAAGAGAUUAAAUGUUACCGACAGGAUGGCCAAUUCAACAGCUUAUUUCAGAUUAGAUACACCAAAUACUCAGCUUCAACCAAAGAUUACCUUUAUUUGGGCAAGAUUUGGAGAUGCAAAUUAUAAUUCCACAUUCACUGGAUUUUGGAAUUCAGUUAUCCAAUCCUAUCAAAUAGACUUUGGCAUUAGCAUGAAUUAUAUUAGUGGAAGUAUCGAUUACAUCAUAGAGAGUAACCCACCAGUUUCCAGGGAGAUUCUAAUUUCAAAGUUUGGAGAUGUUGCAAAGUUAAUUAUUGAUUCUGCAAAAAUUGAUUAUCAACCACCAGUCAUUACCAAUAUAUUGAAAUUUCCAACAGGUUGGGAUAUUACUAUAUCAGAUCCUAUCAAUGGUCUGAAGAUAGCAUAUUUCAAUGUAACUUCUGAUCUAGAUCCACUUCCCUAUCAAUAUACUUUCACACCAUCUGAUGCAAUCUCUGGAGAUCUCAACUCUGGUGUCUACAGAAUUAAUUUAAAUGGUGUAAUGUGUGUGAAUCAAAAUUUUUCAUUUAUCGAUGGAGUAAAGUUGGUAGAUAAUGGAGGUAACUUUGCUCAAUCAUUUUACGCAAACCAAGAAUCCUACUUUGAUCCAUUUGAAAUGUAUCCUGAUGUUGACAGUGCAAAUCUAUUGUACAGCUGUGACUCAAAGCCCGAUACAACUCCACCAUCCCUUGUAGUUAGGGUAGAUGCAAAUCAGCCUCAAUAUAUUUCGGUAUUUGUCAAUGCUUCUGAUCCAGAUUCAGGAAUUUCAUCGAGACAUAACCCAGUCGUUUAUAUUACAGGUUUGGGUGAUGAAUUUAUUGUUCCAAUGACACACAUAGAGGCCUAUCAGUUUUAUACUAUUUAUCAAGAGCUCAUCAAAGUUCCUUUUAAUUUCGGAAUUGAAAGAACACAAUUUGGUAUCGGAGUAUAUGGUAUCUGCAAUAAUCAAUUGAACUAUUUUGCAUCUGUUUCGAUACAGUCUUUUAAUUAUACUUUUAGCAAUUUCGCAGUUCUUCAAGGAGCUAGUCAAAUUUCUGAGGAAGGUGGAGCAUUGACGAUUAGUGGUGCAGGGUUUGGUAACAAUAGUUUGUCUAUUACUCCAUAUGUAAGAUAUUCGCUGGAUUCCCAUUACGUACCAAUUAGUUCACCCAGCUUUUUAACAUUUACCAAUGCCAUUAUAAAUAUUCCUGCGUUUGGAUCGAAUGGUUAUGCCGAAUUAUAUUUCAAUUAUUCGCAAGGAUAUGUAACCAACAUAUUAAGGAUAAUUCCGAGUGUAGUACAACUACCCACACAAACUCCCAGUGGUACACCGGCUUCUUGUCCUCAAUCUUGCUCUGGUCAUGGUGAUUGCACACCCACUGGAUGCUUAUGCAACAGUGGAUGGGCUGGACCAACUUGUUCACUCCAACUUAUCGAUGUGACAACCAAUGUCGAUUCAACCAAACCAACAACCACACAGAUAGAUAAAUCCAACACGCUGAAUUCAUUGAUUUCAAUCUCAUCGAUCAGAGAAUUGGAUUCACAAGGAAAUACUGUUUUGGAAUUUGGACUCAAUGAUAAUUGGUCAUUCGAAAACAAAUCAACAACAGAUACAACACUUUAUCAAUUCAGCACAACACUCGCAUCAAAUAGAACAACAAGAUUGAACGUUACUCUUCAAUACUUCGAGAAACAAUCCAACUAUUCGUUUGGAAACAAAGAAUAUUCAAUGUCACCAUCAUCAAUGAAAUAUUCAAUUUUGAUUGAUUCAUAUCAAUUCAAAGACAAGCUGAAUACACUUCAAUUGGUGAUCAAUGCCACAUUGUCACUUUCCGAUUCAGACAGUUCAUGUAUCACCUCUGAUUUCAGUGAUGACACACAAUCAUCUGAAAUUCAAUAUUUGAAACUUCAAAUCAAUGGAAAGACUCUCUUUGCCAGAUUCAUCAACUUUGGAAUCAUCGAUUAUCGUAUUCAAUCUUUAACCAACAAACUAAUCAGUCCAGAUCAACAACAUUCAGGCGAAUCUUCAACAAUAACCACAUCAUUGGUUGGAAUCAAUAUUCCAUACUAUGAGAGCUCAGUAUUAUUAGAUCCAGAUUUCAGUUUGUUGGUUGAUCAGGAUCCCAAUAAAUGUGGCCAAUCGAACUCAGGAUUAUCAAAUGCUAAGAUAGCUGGUAUCAUCGUUGGAUCCGUUGUUUUCGGAGUGAUCAUAGUGAUUGCCGCCGUAUUAAUAUUAAAACGACGUUAUGUAUUCCGUUUCGAUAAAGGUAUAAAUAUGGUUAAAAUAUCUAAAUAA